AUGAAGAGAAAGGUUGUAUUUAGUGAAUCCGACUCUGAUGACGAAAAUGGGUCCUACCGAGGAAAAGUUCAGCUUACUUUGAUGGACUCGCUAAAACACGGUGCUAGCAAUAAGGAAAAUGUGCAGAAAGCUAAAAAGCGAAACACACUGGAUGUGUACUUCUCUCCUAAGGCCAAUGUUGAUGCAAAAAAGAAGAAAGAAAUAUCUGCUGACGAUUUUUUCCAGAGUUCUACAAAGAAGAAACCCCUCAGCUCGCCCGUUGCAAACGAAAAAAUGAGGACUCCACCACGAACACACACACACCCAAUUCCAGACACCCCAGUGUUGUCCUCGGACGAACUCAUCCCGGACACGCCAAGCAUACUGAACAAAACCAAGAGUCCGCAGACGCCACUGGGGAAAGUCAAACCUCCCGGUCACUCACCCUCGAAAACUCCCAAAUCACCGAAAGUCCCGUCUCCAUCCACAACACCUGUUAGCACACCAUCACAAAAGGGCAAGCCUGGUUGUUUGAAAGGAAAAACGUUUCUCAUCACUGGUAUCCUGGAGUACAUCGAACGAGAUGAUGCGCACGCAUUAAUCGAACGUUGUGGAGGCAAAGUUAUGAAAACUUUGGGUAAGAAAACGGAAUAUUUAGUCGUUGGCCGUGAGGCAGGACCCGGAAAACUAGCCAAGGCAGAAUCGUUGAAGACAAAACAACUUAAUGAAGACGAGUUCUUCAAUAUGAUUUGUGAACUUGGCAAUGAAGCUUCAACAUCCAAUGGAAAACAGCAUUCUCCACAAACCACACCUCCGAAAAAGGUUGCAGUCCGCGAGCAGAUCACACCAAAAAGCCGGCACAACGCACCGACAGUGCCCCCAAAAAAAGAAAAGCUAACACCCAGUAAGAAANCUCCGGGAAAAUCUCUGACGGCCAAACCGGUUGUAACUAAAUCUAGUCAAUCGGAUCGAUUACAACCUGUUCCAAGCGUCCGAGAUAUUGACUUUUCCGCUUUGCCUACCGGUCGUGAACUUUGGGUUGACAAAUAUCGACCGACUUCGUUGCGUGCUUUGAUUGGUCAGACUGGAGCUAAUAGUCCAGCCAACCGUCUUCACACUUGGCUUUCCUCGUGGCAUGAACAUUUUGCCUCGGGUAUGUGA